CAUACAGCACGGUCGGGGUCUGUCACGACCUACUCGACAUACGUAAAUACGUCAUUUGUUUUAAUAUAGCACACGAUUUAAGAUUUUAUAUAAUAUAUCGGUACAUUAUCAUCACCAUCUCCGCCAUGGUAGUGUCGUAAAUAUACAUUAAUAUUGUACUGUGCGUGGUUUUUUGUCCAUCAAAAUUGGAAAACACUCACCUUGUGUAAAACUACUGCAACAGUCUUUAUACUACUUUCGACCCGCGGAUGACGUAUCGUUAUCAAACUCAUUGUCGAAUAUCCGGAUACUGCUUUGUAAGCAGUAACAGGAAGAGUGCGUGCGCAUUGAACAACAACAACAACAAACAAAACGUUGUAAUUGAGCGCAUAUAUACGAGCCUAACUUUGCAGUUAAUGGGUAAAAAUCUUGCCGUAUUUUCUGUAGCGGAGACUCGGAGUCGCGAUGGUCGCGUGACGACAGCAGUGACUCGCUGGUACUGUGGCUGAGCGUCGGGCGAAAUGUGCGCGGUGAGCCGAGCACCGGAAAACGUAUCCCGGACUAGCGUCGCUUUCGGCGUCGCGUCCCUGGCAAUACUGCUGAUCGGUUUUGUGACUGGUUCUUGGGUGACCACCAGGGAACCGUACAGGGUGCCGGGCACGGACGGUGCCUACACGGCCGCCGCGUUCCGGAUCGGUUUGUGGAAGAUUUGUCCAACCCUGAGGAAGGCGAAUUCUACAAUGAAUUUUCAAUCGUUGUCAUGCAAAUACAUACGGUAUACUAGUGACUGGGAUUUGGACUUGGCCAAAGAAGAUAUCGGUAUUGAUUCGGACGUUUACUUCACACAAUCGUUUGUGACCAAAAUGAGGUGGUGCACUCCAUUAGUCAGCAUCAGCCUGUGCCUUAUGUUGGCUGGAUGUGUUUUUUCGUUCAGUGGACACUUCUACAAAGAUCAGAAGACUCUAAUCGCAUCGUCUUUGCACACAUUAGCUGGACUUAUACUUGCGGCCGGCCUGUUCGUAUUCGCUUCCGUGCUCAACGACAGCUUCUCGCCGGUCGUUUACCAAUCGAUGGAUGGCGGUGACGACGACGGGCUCAAAAGCGAAAGCGAGAUCGGGUCCGACUACGACUACCGAUACGGCUGGUCGUUCGUCGCGUGCAGCCUAGCAUUCCUGGCGUCCGAGGCGUCGGCCGUGUUCACCAUCACAGCGUACUUCCGGCGGCUGGAAGACCGCGUUCAGUACACGGCCGUCAACCGGAAACCGUCGCUGGACACUCCGCCCCCGACCUGCGGCGCCGACCGGACGUCGUCGGCCUGUUCGGCGAACGGGCGGCCCGAUUCGCCCAACAGCGAUGCCGGUGCCGCCACUGCCGCGGCCACUGAAACGACGUCGCGGUCGGAUCAGUCGUCGGCGGCCGUGGCGUCGGGCCGUCAUCAAUCGGCACAGUGCGUAUCAGAUGGCGGUGUCGAUCAGGCCGUGUCGUCGUCGUCGUCGUCGCCGGGUGGCGGGGCGGCGGAAUCCUGCGGCAACAGCGUCACCAGCAAAACGCCGCCCGACAUAUGCCCGCCGAAGAUCGGCUGCGACGGGUUGACCUCGGGCGCUUCCGGCGGCGGAUGUCGAUUACCGGUCGCCGCGACGUACUGCAGCGCCACGUUAAACCACCCGCACAAGUCACAACAUCAGCACCACAACCACCAACCGCAACAACAACACCAUCACCACCAGCAGCACACGCAACACUACAGGCAGACGCUGGCCGUGGGCGGCAAUGGGUCGUGUUACGAGGUGGACACCACCAAGCCGUGCACUUGCACGUCGGCGGCCACGCUGACCACCAAACGGUACGCGACCAUCGCGGGCGUGGCCAGGCACAACGGCGGUAAACAGUACACGACCACGACGACGACCGCGUUGACAAGCAACCACAACAACAACAACAACAACAACGGCAAUAGUGUUGCCGGCAGACGGACCGCGGCCGGUCUGGCGGCUAUCAAAGAAUCGGUGGCCAGUCUAGCCGACCAUCACUCGCUACAGCACAACAGUGGCCAUCACCACCGGAAACCAGAUCCACCCACCCGGCGGCUCAAGGCGUCCGUCGGUGGUUACGUCGUACCGCAAACGCCUAUCGCCGCGCUAGAAGCGCUCGACUGUCCGCCGGCCGCCGACCCGCGACUGGUCGUGCCCAGUUCGGUAUGACGAAAGUGUCGCGUCGUUCUCGGACAGGACGAACAUGCCGUCUGACACAUCGACGCGACGGCCAAUCGCUGUUCAUGCACUUACGCCCCCGCGCCGAUCACGGUCACGCCGAAAUAUUACGCCACAACUGUUGCAUAAUAAAUGGUUAUGAGGGCACAUUUUACACAUUCAAUAUUGUCAUAAAAGCCCUCCCCUACCCCCACGCCAAAAAAAAGAGAGUUUAUUAUCGUAUAUACGUCACUUACCUACCACGCGUGUUUGUGUCAAUGUUACGGUAAAUUGCGUUAUAUCGGAAUAUGAGACGUUAUUUGCUCACAAAAGUGGAAUUACCGUUUAUACUAAGUGAAUUACGUUAAUAACUGUAUGAAAUGUACAAAAUUUUAUAAUAACGGAAAUGCCCGAUUGUGAUUCAAUUUCAAAUAGGCUUGUUGUAUCCCAAUUAUAAGUACUUCGAUUGAAUAGGUCAUAUAAUAAAUAAUAAUGU